CUUUAGGAACGUGAGUCGUGCUGACGGGAGUAUUGGCAAACUCGUUUUGAAUUUAUAAUCAAAUCCACCAUCAUGAGUCUAUUGAACAAACCCAAGUCUGAGAUGACUCCUGAGGAGCUGCAGAAACGAGAGGAAGAAGAGUUCAACACUGGACCCCUUUCUGUGCUCACACAGUCCGUCAAAAACAACACACAAGUCCUUAUUAACUGCCGCAACAAUAAGAAACUACUGGGCAGAGUAAAGGCAUUUGACAGGCACUGUAACAUGGUCCUUGAGAAUGUCAAGGAGAUGUGGACAGAAGUACCUAAAAGUGGCAAGGGAAAGAAGAAAUCAAAGCCAGUUAACAAAGAUCGUUACAUCUCCAAGAUGUUUCUCAGGGGAGACUCAGUGAUUGUGGUGCUGAGGAACCCCCUCAUCACAGGGAAGUAAAUGACCACUCAGACUAAACAGCGUAGGCAAGCCCAGCCUGGAUGGACCAUUCACACAGCAAUAUCAACAUGUCUAAUGCUCUGGACUUUCUGCUGAUAUGGUCAUGAAUGCAUCUAGAACUCCAGGAACAGUUUGCUUAGGCCUAAUAUUACGGCGUGCUACCAUGGCAGGAGAUAUUAAGAGGAAGACAAUAGUGAGAAAAAAGACAUGAGUUAAGUUGAAGAUGUUUGCAUCAGCUCUGGAUGUAUGUAUGAGAGGUUGUGUUGUAAAACUGAAAGCCUUUGUUUGAUUUUCUAUGUGGAACUGCUUUUGUUUUUGGUUUGUUUGUUUUUUUCUAAAUAAAUG